GUUUUGUUCAUCCUCACACUCGUAUUCAGCGUCUCAAAACCAAGAAAGGAAGAAAAAAGCGAUUAUUUGAACACUAGAUCAUCAUCAUGUCUCGCGGUUCUAGAUCCAGCGGGAGCAGAGGCUUCUCUUCAGGUUCAGGUUUUGGUUUUGGUUUUCGCGGUCGUCGUGCAAGAAACAGCGACACAUUGGACGUGGAGGUAAAUGAACUUGAAGAUCUUCAUCGCCGUUCUCACGAAGCUGAGGCCUCAGGAAACGAGAAGCCUCUAGGAUUUUUUGUUAAACUUACCGGUGCUGCUGCUGAAGCUGCUGCAAAGGAAGGCAAACCAUUGGCUUAUGAUGACCGUCAUGAGAUUAGACAAAUGUUUGUACCUCCAAACCCUCAUAUGUGCAACAAAAUCAAUAACUUUAUCCUUGAGUUAGUCAGCAGAUUCGGGGAGGAUUAUGAAGACAAGGACUAUUUUGAAUACAUGCAAGCCCACUAUUGUGGAUUAAACAAAGGGAGCGAAGGGAAGAAGCAAAUGACAAUUGAUGAAAACAUGCAGACAAAACAACAAGAUCUUGCUCGCAAUUCUAAGCAUGACCUUUUGGAUAUGCAUGACCUAAUGUUUGCAAUUAUAUGACUGAUGCUAUGCAAAAGAACUUGCACAAAUGAAAUUGGAUAAGCUUAUGGAAGAUGUUAUGAAUUUGGACAUCAACAAAGAAUCUAUGGAUGAUAAUCGUGGUCAUAGUCAAGAUUGGUCUACUGUUUGCUCAAAUUCUUUCAAUAUUGAUACUUAGCAUUUGGCGAGUUCCAAGGAUA